AUGCGCGGUAUAUUCUACGUUGCUCUAGCCUUUGCGGUUUUAGCUCGCAGCAACGUCGUCGCAGCGUUCCCUCAUCCCGACUUGUCCAAGACAUUUCCUGACUCUGCGGCCAAUGCCAAGAGAUUCCUUCGGGGAGCGGGCCAAGAAGUUGCUCAGGCUAACAGAGGGAACGGGUAUGGUGGGGUCUGGAAAGCUGCAGCCGAUAGUGUCAAUAAGAUCGUCCCUAAGCCGAAUAUUGACAUGAAAACUCUUCUCGAGAAGGCCAAGGUGGUUCAGGCGCUCAAAAAGAACACAAAGAGUAAGUAA